AUGCUUGCUAGCACAGCUCUCGAGAGCCCUGCUGCCAUGAGAAAGUUCGUUGCGAUGGUGAGGAAGUUGCCCGGAAGGACAGAAGCAGAUCCUCCGAGCCUCUUUUCCGGACUCAAGGUGCUUUUCCUCGAAGAUGCAGGCCUCUUGAAGAGCUCCUUCUGGAACCCUGCAGAUGCGAACUUUAACAACUCGGCUGGCCUCAACUACCAGAAGAUGGCCAGUAGAUCAGGUUUGCGGCUGAAUCCAAAGAGGAUAUCAGCUUGGACCAAAGGUUUUACUGGGUUGGAUGGGGGUUGGUCCUACGACAAUGGAGCAGAUGUCGGAAUAGGAGGCAUUGGCUUCGAUGCAAGCGAUUUCACCUACGCCUCGAUUUUCGAUCUCUGCGCGUCAGAGCAGCAAGCGCAGGCUUUGUUUGAACUCCAGUCUCAACAUAUCGUUCCCUGGACUCCAAUGGUGGUUGAUUCGCAGCAUCCCUGCAUUGCGAAGUUCGAAGCUAUGCUGAGCCAGGUGAACAUUGUUUUUGCAAACGGUGGCAACCCGGAUCUGUUGGGUUUCGUGUUAAUGAAAUUUGCACCCCAUCUGGGUGAAAUGAUAAAGCGGCGCGUGCAGAACGGAGAGUUGCUCUACAUGGGGAGAAGCGCCGGUGCAAUGGCUGCUUCUCGAGACUUUGCAAUGACAUAUGAGCCUAAUCCUAUGCUCGCGGAGACUCUCCUGGAUGGCUCCACUGAAGGACUUUCGCUUGCAGGUUCCUGCGCUUUGAGGCCACACGCGUCGAAGAAGCUGUGGAACGUACCUGGCGAUGUUUUUGGCCAUGCUGCCGGCCAGCAGACGGUACGGGUUGCCAACGGAGAUGGUCUUUUCUGCGAUCAGGGACAUUGCGUCGUUGCUGGAAAAACAUCCAGAUCUGAACCUGAUGCCUUCUCGACGUCGAAAAUGCACCUGGAGCGUGUCGUCGAGGCCUAUCGGCACGUGUACCGCGGCUAUCGUCCGAAGAGACCGAAUCUCGUGGAAUCCUCAAUGCCAGAGAGACCGAACUGUCGCUUGGUGCUGAGUGGAAAGAAGCCGCUGGUAGCUCUGGCAUCUUCCGGACUGGAAGCCCCGGAUGCAAGGGAAGCUUUCGACUCCCUCGUCCGAGAAUUGCCUCCGACGGAAGAUGCCAGCACCACGAACCACUACCAAGGUUUAAAGGUGCUGGUUCUGGAUGACGGAGCACUGUUGACAAGUUCGUUCUGGAAUUCAUUGGACCAAGAUUUUGCCAACCCGAAUGCUAUCAAUUGCGUCAAGACAGGCAUUCGGUUGAGUCCCGAAACGGUGCGACUGCUGACAAAUGGAUUUUCCGGCUUGUCUCCGGGCUGGGUAUUAGAUCCAGAGUGCAGUGGGACCUGCGGUGGCUUGGGCGAUGUCGGCUUCGACGAUGGCGCAUUCACGCAUGCAUCAGCUUUCGACAUGUGCGCAACCUUCCAGCAGAAGGAGGCUCUUUUUCGACUACAGUCGCAAGGCCUCGAACCGGAGGUGGACAUGACGGUGGAGACCAACAGUCCCUGCAUUCAGCAGUUCUACACCCUGCUGGAGCAGGCUUCGGUUUUAGUCGCCAGCUCUGGAAACGCGGAUCUGCUCGGCUAUGUCUACCGGAUCUUCGCACCUCAGUUUGGAGAAAAGAUCGUUGAGCGCGUCCAGCAAGGCUCUCUGAUCUUCCUGGGCCUCGGCGCGGGCGCCAUGGCCUUCGGCGAAAACUUCGCAGCCGCGGCGACGCCGAGCCCGGCGCUGCAGACGCUUUUGAAAAGCGACCUGCAGGGUCUCAAGCUCGCCGGGCAGUGCGCUGUCAUCCCUGGCUGGGACAGCGGCGAGCUGCUAUGGGAUCUCACCUCCAGCUUGUUCCAAGACGCCAUGCAAAACGUCGACAUUGUUGGGCUACCAGAUGGUGCCUUGCUGCUUUGCAAGCGACAAUCUUGCGAGAUCCGUGGCAGUGUCCGGCAGCGCCCUGCACGUGUCCUGGAUGGGCCUGAUUCACCUGGAACGCACCGCGGUCGCCUCGCGGAUGUGAUGGCAAAAGUUUUCGGCUAA